AUGCCCAGCAUCGGGGGUGUGGAUGUCCCGAACUGGUGCGUGGCGGCUGGGGCAGCUGUUCUUACACCCGCUGCCGUCUAUGCCUACCUCUUACGACAGGGCCGAGCACGUCAAGCCUUCUUUGCUGACACACCUCAGCCAAAAGAGCCAGGACCUAUCUUCGCUGGCAUUGUUGAGUUGGAAAAGAUCCAAGGUCAGAGACCCAUUGAGCCUGUGAAGAAGCACUUCAAAGACUUGGGCCUUACUUGGGGGGUACGCCUGCCCGUGUGGCUUUUUCCCAACAUGGAGUUCAUGUUGUUCACGGCUGAUCCUGCCAUCAUUGGAGAGAUUCAAUCCAAGAAGGAUCUCUUCCAUUCGCGCCCCAGCGGCACCGGCUUUGACACCACCAUGCCCAAGGGCCUGCUGGCAUUGCGAAAUACGGGUCCGCAGUCUUCCUGGGCUUUGCACCGUCGUUUGGUGGCGCCGUUGUUCAGUGACAAGUUCUUGGAGGGUUACUCGUCCCAGGUCUCGGAGAAGGCGGACAUGUUGCGCUUCGUGCUCAACGCCAACAUCCAAGAGGGAGAGGUGGAGUGCGACAUCCAGAAUUACAUGAAGUUUGUGACCCUCGACGUCAUCGGCAGCAUUGGCUUUGGUUUCAAUUCCAAGGCGACGAUGACACUUCUUCCAGAACAGCAUCCCAAAGCCUUGAGCAAAGCGGAGACUGAGAGGGAGCUUUCGUUUUCCGAUGCAGGCGAAUUGCUGCUCUUUGAGACGCAACGGCGCACGGGCGAGCCAUCCUUUGCAAAGUAUUGGCCUCCGCGCUACAUGCGCUGGCUGAGUGUGCAGAAGGUCCUUGGCAAGCGCAUUGAUGAAGUCUUGGAAAGCGGCACCGUUGACAAUUCGAGGCUGAACAUGCUCAAGGCCUUGCAAGAUGCCCAUGAGGAAGGUCGAAAGAUGAGCAAGGCAGAAUUACGAGAUGAAAUUCUCACUUUGCUGAUGGCCGGCCACGAGACCACAGGCUAUACAACAUCAUGGGCACUUCUGGAGGUGGCUCGCAAUCCUGAGGUGCAAGAAAAGAUUCUUGCAGAAGCAUCCACCCUUGAUCUGGACAACAUGCAAUUGACACAUGUUCAGGGCUCGCUGCCUUAUACCUGGAUGGUGUGGCAGGAGGCUCUUCGCUUGCGCCCCACGGUCAUUGGACAUGUACGCCAAGCGGAGGCUGACGUGACACUGGGUGGGAAGUACUCAAUUCCAAGGGGUACUUUGCUAGUGAUCAGCCAAUUGAUGCUGGCACACAACGAAGACACGUGGGGCAGCGAUGUGAUGGACUUUCGUCCUGAGAGAAUGGAAAAGGGUUAUCCAGACAUGUACCUCCCAUUUGGCUUUGGUGGUCGUGCGUGCAUUGGCAAGAGGCUUGCCUACGUGGAGGGUGUCUACUUGCUGGCGUUCAUCGUGAAGAACUUCAAUCUCCGAAUCCAGGAAGGAUCGCCAGCUCCUACGCCAAAAGUGUCAAUCACACAAUCCUCGGAGGAUGGAAUCAAUUUGUUGAUGUCCAAGCGCCGUCAAUAG